AUGUCUAAUGAUACAAAUGAAAAACAAAAUGUAACUAAAAAUCCAAGUGAAAAUAAUCAUUUCACUGAAGAGGAUUUAUGUCGAAUAAAGGAAUUUCACGUUGGAGAUUUACCAAAAAAUUCCGGUUUCGUUCGUCCAUUUCGAGCCGCAUUCACUGAUGAACGAAAUAAUAAUCCUGUAAAACGAUUAUGGGAUGCUAUCGAUGCUCAUAAUUCUGUUGUAAUUAUUAUUUACAAUCGAUCAACUGAUUCACUCGUUUUUGUUCGUCAAUUUCGUCCAGCUGUUUAUGUUAUGAUUAGUAAAGAAACACAAAAUGCUUCAUCCAUAGAUGAAAUUGAUUUUACAAAGCAAGAUCCAAAAUCUGCAGUUACUUAUGAAUUUUGUGCUGGAAUUGUUGACAAAAAACACUUAUCAAAUAAAGAACAUGCACAUGCUGAAAUACUUGAAGAAUGUGGUUAUUCAGUUGAUAUUAAUUCUAUUGAAUCAGUAACUAAAUAUCGAACAGGUGUUGGUACUGCUGGUCCAGCACAAGAACUUUUUUAUGUUGAAGUAACAAAUGAAAUGAAAGUAAAUAUGGGUGGUGGGAAUUCAUCAGAACAAGAACUUAUUGUUGUACAUGAAAUUCCUGUUGAUGAACUUUAUCAAUUUGUAUUUGAUCAAACUAAAGCAAAAGAAACAUCAUUAAUGUUUGGUAUUAUGUGGUUUUUACAUAAAAAAGGACGAUUACCAUGA